AUGAACAGGAACAUCAUCAUCAUCCUUGUAGUAUACUUGCCACACACACCAAUAGAUUCAUCCAUUUAUCUUUUGAACUUACAAAGGUUGAGAUGCAAAAACAAAUCUGCAUUACCAAGAGUAUUGCAGUUUUUGCGACUCCGUACCCAAUCUUCAGUUUUCACAAGUGCCAUAUCAACAUGCACUACCCAGAAUUCAUUAGUAAUUUCAGCACCAUCAAGUUCAAAUUUAGGAUCACAACUUACAACUCUAGCAAGAGCUACAUGUGUUAUGAUUUUUUAG